GGAAGCCUUAAGCGACAGGAGCUCAAUGUGACAUUUCGGACCGGUUAGUUGCGAUCUGUUAAAGAGGAAUAGCAAUGUUUCUCACUACUGUGAACUUUGCCAAGAGCAAGUCCAAGACGCUGCUGGUUCAGAUGGUGAGUGCUGCUGGCACUGGUUAUUGUUUUAACACCAAAAGAGGACGACUGAGAGAAAAACUGGUUUUGCGAAAGAAUGACCCCAUAGUAAACAAACAUGUUCUGUUCUUUGAAAAGAAGAAGGUACGAUCUCUUUAAAAUGGAAGAAACUCCCACUGAUACAGACACUGGAACCUGUAAAGAACUGCUACAGAAUAGCGAUGAAUGAAACAACUAUUAGGGAAGAUGUGCAUCAAAUUAAAGACCCCACAUCAUUGCAGCUGUGGACCACCGGUGUUAUGAUACUAUAAAGGAGUUUUACAUCCCGUCAGGACAAUGUGCUGUUAAGACCAUUUACAAAGCAGUGCAUUAUGUUGGAUUUGUUUGGUUGUUUUGCUUGCUUUUUUGUACUAAGUCAAUGUUUUGACCUACUGUAAAUAAUGAACCACCUACACAAUGACAGAUUCCUUUAGGCUAAAAGGAAAUGUUUAAAUAAUUACCUUGCAAAAGGUAUUUAAUUAAAAAAAGUUAGAAUGUGUACAAUAUUGUUACUAAGAAAAAAAUACUUUAUGAUACAUUGAUUUAUUGAAAAAAAAAUUAAACAUUUGUUUUGGAUCAUA